AUGCUCACAAGUAUAACGUUUUUAUUACAUUUUCUACUCAUAUCAAUUGCAUUCGGUAAAAAUAUUUGUUUCACAAAUAUCAAACUUAUAGACUCUUACACUAAAACCCAAAACUGUACAGAUCCGGCACAUUUUUUCCUUAUUGAAACCCAAUUAUCCAUAAGUAAAAGCUCUUAUAAAGACGAUGUCUAUUUUAAUGUUCCUUCCCAAUUCGACUCUUUCCCAACUUUACCUCUAAAUAUCUCUAACAAUGGUCAAAUCGUCGCCUCUAUCUAUGAAAAGGGAAAUAACGUUGUUGGAAUCAAUUUCCCAAAUUCUUUCUCGCAAGAUACUACCAUCAAUUUCAAUAUUUUGACUAAGUUGAGCAAUUCAACUAUCAAUUCCAUUAAAUUAGGUGAAAAUAUCACUUUCUCCUUUACAACAUCAACAAAGAACAUAUUUAAUUCAAAGAUCUAUUUCUUAGGUAAAACCUCUGAUUCAUUGACAACUAAUGGUGGGUAUUCCUCCAAUAAUAACACUGCUUGGUUUAUUGCCGAUAUUCCAAUCUCUCUAUUGAGAAAAGCUAUCACUUUCAAGUCUGUUAAGACCGGUGCUAACGAAUACUCCUUUAAUAUAAGUGCUACCAAAUUGGAAGCUGUCACUAGUGUAGAUUCUCAAGGUAAUCCUUUGAAAAGUGUCCCUUUCACUGCUUACACUGAUAAGUCUACAACUAAUCAAAUUGAAAUUUUAAUCGAUACAAUGAUUAGUGGAUCUGCUAAGUUUGUUCGUGUCUAUUAUUUCACCACUAAAUUGAGUAAGACUCCAAUCUCUUAUUCUGCUAAAUUAAUCCAAUCUAACUCUUUGAAAAAGAGAGAUUUAACAGACUCUAUCACUGGUACUAUCUAUGGCGGUAAUAUUGGCACCGAAACUAACAAUAGUGUCAUUGUAUCUUCUGUUUCUACCACUUCCAUUUCCAUGUCUACUGGUUAUAUCUCAACUCCUUUGUAUUCUAAUAACACUUAUACAUCUACUCCAUCAUACAUUGCCUCCACCUCAUACACAACUUCACCAACAUUUGAUUCUGAUGUAAAUGAUAUUUUUAUGAGACUUUCAUCUGGAUUAAUCACUACAACUAGCAAUAAUUCUUCUUCUAUUAUCACAUCUGUUCCUUCCUCCUUUUCCUCCUCCUCUUCCUUAUCUUCUUCUUCUUUCCCUUCUUCUAAUACCACCUUUUUCUCAAACACCACUUCUCUACCAUCUUUAGUUACAUCCAAUAAUGUUGUUAUGACUUACAAAGUUUACACUACAACAAAUAGUGCCGUAGUUACUGAGAUUGGCUCUUAUGUCGCUAUUUCUACCAUUGAACCAACAGCAACUUCUGUUUCUAUUAUCUCUAAAGCAAACUUAUCCGCUACUUCUUUAACUUCAAUUGUCAAUACUUUUACCUCCAACAGCAUAAAUAUUGCCUCCACUGUUACUGAUAUUUCUUCAGUUGUUUCCACUACCAGUACCACAAAAGAUUCUGAAAUCAUGACUGCAAAGUCUUACGAAACAACCAUUGCUACAACUGGUGCCACUAUCGAUUCAACAAAUAAACAAACUACCUCAGUUUUAUCCAAUUCUACCUUUAAUGCUAGUUCAAAUGACUUGUAUACAAUAAUUGUUAACGGUGUUGUUAUAAGUAAAACUUUGUCUGGUGAUUAUUCCGUAGAGACUGAUUUGAUUCCAAUAUCUACCUUAUCUAACGGAAAUGUUAUUAACGUUUACCAAACUGAGGUGUCUGGCUCUUUGGUGACUAAAACUAUGACAGCCAUUAAAUCAGUUUACACAGAAUUUGCCGCAAUUACAAGAAUCUAUAAUUUGACUACCACUAUCUCCUGUUCCACUGAAGCCUCUUUUACUGUUAUUACAAAGAUUCAAAAUGGACUCGAAUCAGUUGCUACUGACUUUGCUGCCAUUGCUACAAUUCGUAAUAAGACUAUUGCUUUAUCAAGUACUUCCACACAAGUUGGAAAAGUUGUAUCGACUACUACUCUUUUACCAAUUAAUUCAGUGUACAGCAGUCUAGUUCAAGUUGCAGCUUUAUCUACUGAAAAUGAACACCAAUCGCCAACUAUAAUCAAUACUGCUUUGGAUGUCUUAACAAGAUCGACAUCCAUUCUUAAAACCACAGCUACGAUUAAACCUGCUUCCUCUUCUUCUGAUGCUAACCAGUCAAUAUCCAUUUCUAUGGCUGUUCCUUUGAUUCAAAGUGAAAUAGCUCAAUAUUCAAAUUUCACUCAUACUACAAUGUCUGUCGUUCCAUAUGAAGCAGGUUCAAACAAAUUAGUUUCCAGUAUUAGCUGCUUCUUUAUCACUUUACUUGCUCUAUUAUUCUAA